AUGAUCGAAUACAAGGCGAUCAAGGCCAAGCUGGAGCAGGGGAAAGGAAAAGGGGCGAAGGGCGCAGAGGAAGCGCACUUCGCCGACGGCGGAUCCGGAGGAGUCGAGGAGAGCAAGGGAAACAGCAGUGGAGGCGCUGAUGGCGGCGGUGGCGGGGAUUAUAAGUUCCCGGGCCGGUGCUUUCGGCGAGGACAUCGUGGACAUCAAGCGAUCGGCUGCACUCCCAACGAGAAGGACUUCGUGCCGUGUUGUGAGCGCUGCGAGGGGUGGGGCCACACCAAAGAAAAGUGCGCGACGGAGGAGGCCGUCCUAGCGCAAGUGGUGGAGCAUGAGAGCGACGUGGACUCCGUGGAAUACCAGGCGUUUUGUGCCGUGGCAGUUCCCCCAGGCGAGUGUGGUACCGUUGGUGAAGUAGGUCUAGUGAGGGUUGUGGAACAAGGCCAGGCGGUGUACGUGGCCGACACAGCGGCCCGUGCGCCAUGUUCCGAUGUGCAGACAACUUGGUGAACAACCGUGAGCGUAGCGGUUGGGUGAAGGGGAUCGGAGGCGACAAGGCCCCCGUUCCUCUUCUAGGAUACGGAGAUGUGACCUUAGUCCUACAGACGGAAGGUGGUGGAGUAUCCGUACCAGUACUGAAUGCUGGCCAUGUGCCAGAGGCCCCCUAAAACCUCCUCUCGCUGUCUUCGUUGGAGGAGGGCCACACGUAUUCGGGGAUGAAGAGGGGCCUCACGCUGACCACGACAGUCGGGGGGGGGGUGUGGUUCCCCCGGACUGGAAAGCUGCUGACCCAACGAGGCUAUCGAAUAAAGCCAACGCUACACACCGCCUGUGCCGCACUCACUGUUCCUGGCGAUGCGAACGCAGCCACCCCCACUGACCUCAACGAGUACCACCUCGCGCACGGCCAUGCCCACGAGACAUUGCUCAGGAUCACGGCGGAGCAGCAGGGAGUGCAGCUGACGGAUGGACCGCUGCUACCCUGUCUGGGCUGUUCGAUGUCCAAGGGACAGGUGAAACCCGUCCAGAAGAGCAUGAGCAUAUGCGCACUGCUACCUCUCGCAGAUGACGAGAAGGGCGGGGAGGGCGAGAGCAGAGCGGAUGCAUCACGCCAAGGUUGGGGGGGGGAGAGAGACUCAGAGAGUGAGUCCGACCUCGACGUGAUGAAGGCUCGUGGGCCAGGGCAAGCGACGCCGGUUGUGCGCGAGGAGGCGCCGACGACACGGGAUUCCGGGGGACGGAGGCAGCGUUCCCCCGUCGCCCCCUUCGGGAAGGGGCGACUUCGGCGGAGGCAGUGACAGCCCC